UUGUGGAAAUGUCAAAUGCAUAUGUGUGUACAAAGUUAGCAGGAUUGUCUAAAGAAAAGGAGAAUUUUUAAAAAUAUCUGUGGAAUAUUUUUAAGUGACAUUAGAAUUUAUGUCUUGUGAAGAAAAGGGGACAGAAAAUUGGAAAAGUGGUGCUGCAUUCUCAUAAGGAUAGAUAUAUUUAUAAGCUAGAGACAUAGAAAUCACGACAAGAGUGUACAUUGCUUCUUUAGAUUGGAAAUCGCGCCGGAAAAAAUGAAUCACGUGGAGAUCGAGGAUUUCUAUCAUCACGAUUUCACUACUGUUUCCGAAUGGGAAGUGUUCAUCGCGCGGCUCGAGGAGAUCAUGCACGAAUGGAAGCUGUCUCAUGCAAAGAUCGCGGCCCCCCUCAAAUCGGGGGACUUUCUCAACUGUCAAUGGCAUGAAGCUUCGGAGAAAAUAAAUUUUGCAGAUGUUGAAUUUUUGCUGAAACAUUACAAGCUAAAGAAGGAGAAUGAAGAGGAGGAUAUGACAAAUCCUCAGGAGGAAAGUGACGAGGAAUGGAUACAGUGUCAAAAAGAUGCGCUGGAUACAUCCAAUGAUUUUGUGAGACUCAAUGAUAAUUGCAUGGAAAUAGCUCGUUAUUACGGUGUUCGAGAAUUUCUCAUUUUAAUACCAGCUCGAAAAGCAAGUUUAACAGAUGAAACACGAAUCAAAAUUCUACUUAGUUCAUUGACAAUUGCAGCUAACAAUGCGAAUUGUUAUAUUCCUGCGUUGGUGCAGGUACAAGAACUUUGGCAGAAAAUGUAUCUCGGAUGCUGCGCUGGUAAAGGAACUUGUGUGAAUCUUGAUAUGGUACAUCUGAAAAAAGUUCCACCACAUUGCAAAUAUCUCACUGGUUUACUUGCUCUUUUCAAGCAGAAGAUAGGAGAGGGUUGUGGGGUAAAGCUUGAUUCCAUAAUGGUGUCAGUUAGGUUCUCCUAUUUGUUGAAGGAUUGGACUAACAGUACAUGGACACAGGAACCUCCAGAUUUCGAUUUUAUGCAGGGGGAAACAUUAGGCGUGGCUGAAUUGGGUAAACUUCCCUUUGGAGCGACCUUUGAUCCUGUCGGAGAACUUCAUUUAUUCACUACAUGGCCGGAAAUGUCGGAUAAUGUGGUUGUGGAUAGCGAAGGAUAUUCGGAUCUUGAUCCACAACUCGCUCCCGAAUGGUCAGUACAAGUAAAAAUGGUGACUUUACCGGCUUGUCUGCUUGGCGAGUAUAUGACGGACUUUCUGCAUCUGUGCAACAAUCAAAAAACUAUGGUGGAGCUGCUGGGCGAGAAUGCAUCUUAUAUCUAUGACGACCAAAUGCUGAGUUCGGCUUUCAACAUACUAACUGAAUCUAGAAUACCCACGAUUUCGACGGUAGUAGGCAGAACGAGUUCGAAGAAGAAUAAGAAUGUCGAAGGUCCAAUCUCGGAGGAAAUAUUGUUACCUAUACUUUAUUUCCUUUUUCCUGACGCGGAUGAUACCUCGAAGUUUCCCUACAAUGACUUCACCACAUGUAACGUAGAGGACGAUCAAUGGAAGGGCGUGAAGACCUGCACGAUAGACAGCUUGGUAUGGCGUUUAUCGGUUGUUGCGGCGCAUUGUACGCACAAUCUCGGUGGCGUGACAGCCCUGGCUCAGCUCUGGCACGAGUUCGUGCAGGAGAUCAGAUUCCGCUGGGAGAGAAGCAUCCUGAUACCGGGAGUCGGGCCUGGCUUUCCAGAUUCCAUUCGCACGUGCUUAUUGCAUCAAAAGUUGCAGAUGAUGAACUGCUGCAUAGCAAGGAAGAAGGCGAGGGAGGAUAAUGCGCAACAUAGAUCUCUAAGCAUGGAGAUUGACGAUGUAGAGGAGACAGAAUCCGAGGAAGAGGAAUUCUUCGAAUGCUCGAGUGAGGAGCAAGCGAGUGAGGAGAUUUCGUCAACGAGGCAAUUGAAGGCGAAGCAUCUGCUGUGGAACAAACCCGCGGGAAGAUUAGCUAAACAUCCGUCACUCAGGCUGAUUCAAACUGGAGACCCUCUUUAUCUACCAGUCACACAGGAUCCCGUACCGAAGACGGAGGACCAGUUGGAGGAGGACGCGCAGGUGAUGAUGCAACUUGGUACCGACAAAUACGCUUCCGAAAUGCGGGCUCGAAUGAUGAGCGCAUCUCUGCUAUCUGACAUGGAAUCCUUCAAAGCGGCAAAUCCUGGCGCAGUGUUGGAGGAUUUCAUUCGAUGGUAUUCCCCAAGAGAUUGGAUCGAUGACGAAGGCAUCGAUGAAUGGGGGCAGGGAAAAGGUCACUUGUCGCCGCGUAUGAUGAUCCCCGAUAAUCCGUGGUCGACGACGUGGGCAUCGGCGCAGCCAGUUCCCGCGCACCGGCAGAAACGAUUGUUCGACGAUACGCGAGAAGCGGAGAAGGUUCUGCAUUACCUGUGCUCGAAGCGAAUAGGUCAGGUCGCGCAACUUCUGCUGCCGUCUUUAACGCAUGCCGCACUCCAUACCCUGAGCUUGCAAAAGCAGGAGGCUCUACCAAGCCUGCCUGACGUAGCGCAGAGCAUACUCAAUAAAUUACAAUUUGCGACGAAACCGAUUUAUCAGAAGCUAAAAUUGUAUGAGGAAAUCACGCGCGACAUCGAGAGCGUGGAGGCACUAGUCGCACAAGUGAAUUCGCUGCAGCACAAGCUAGGCGGUAAAGACUCUAAAGAAUUUACAUCCUUUUUGAUUCAGUUGAUGCGAGGAAAGGAAGUUAGCGUGCCCGGCGGUUCUCGGGGAAACAUCGGAGCACGAAUAACGACGAUGUUUCGCGAUGCUCAGAAGGCCGCUCACAUGAUGACGUCCGUAAGCAACAGUAACAACGAUGCAGCGAACGCCGCGGGAGAUAACCGACAUAAAACUUUUCCGGAGCCGUCGUGUAAGGAGUUUAUUCUACGGGCAAUAAUGCCGCGACCUUCGCCCGCUUCCACCCCGCUACCGCAGCGACUAUAUGCCUGUCUUAAACGAGAUCACAUUCGCUUGGCCGGUUUCUUCUCCGAAGAUACGACAUUCUUGUAAUGUGGACCGGAA